AUGGCUGCCAUGGCUACAUUCUUGAAAAAACCCCUCAAACUGGCUCUUGUCCAGCUCGCAACAGGAGCGGACAAGUCCGUGAACCUCUCUCAUGCUCGGAGCAAAGUCCUUGAAGCUGCAAAGGCUGGCGCAGGAUUGAUCGUCCUUCCCGAGUGCUUCAACUCACCCUAUGGCACGAAUUUCUUCCCUAAUUACGCCGAGACCCUACUUCCCUCUCCUCCCACGAUUGAACAAUCGCCCUCCUUCCACGCCCUGUCGGCCAUCGCCGUGGAGGCGAAUGCAUACCUCGUCGGCGGAAGUAUUCCCGAGCUGGAGCCGUCUACGAAGAAAUACUAUAAUACCUCGUUGGUCUUUUCGCCGACGGGCGCCUUGAUCGGCACUCACCGCAAGACACAUCUGUUCGACAUCGAUAUCCCGGGCAAGAUUCAGUUCAAGGAGAGCGAUGUACUUUCACCUGGCAACCAGUUGACAGUCCUGGAUCUCCCGGAGUACGGAAAGAUCGGUCUCGCCAUCUGCUACGAUAUUCGUUUCCCAGAGGCAGCGAUGAUCGCCGCGCGCCAGGGUGCUUUCCUCCUCGUCUACCCGGCGGCCUUCAACACCACCACCGGUCCUCUGCAUUGGUCUCUCCUUGCUCGUGCCAGAGCCGUUGAUAACCAGUCAUAUGUGGCACUCUGCAGCCCGGCGCGGGACCUUGAUGCCGCCUACCACGCCUAUGGUCACAGCUUGGUCGCUGACCCUAGCGCAAACAUUCUCUCUGAAGCUGAAGAGAAGGAGAGUAUUAUUUACGCUGACUUGAACAAUGAUGCGAUUGCGAAUAUUCGCAGUGGAAUUCCCAUCUCCACCCAGCGACGAUUUGACCUUUACCCUGAUGUGAGCGCAAGCCAGAAAUAA